GGUAAAAUGUUUAAAUAAUCGAAUGCAAACCCUCAACAAUAAGCUGAGUAACCUAUGAUGGAUUAAGAAUGAAUCAGAAACUAUUGAAUAUUUGUAGACUUAUAAACAACGCCAUCAGAACUUAUGGAAGAGCUACGUACCGCCAUUAUGCGGUGCGAGAUUCUGAUUUUCGCAGAGAUCAGAAGCGUAUAAAAAAUUUGUAUAUUGAAGAAGCGGCUGUAGAUCACCUAGCGGAUUUUCGCAGUCAAUUAGAUGGAGGAGGACUUUAAUGAACACUCAACGUCCGGUCUUUAUCUAUUCUAUUGUUACCGACAACUCACCUGCUGUAGAUAUUGUUAUCAACCAAAUCUAUCCAAACUGCCACCACAUUAUGUUUCGCAAACACCGCAUUUGUAAUGUCAUAAAGAGGAGGAUGCGAUUUGAAAUUGUACAGAUACUCGUCCGUCUGAUGUUCAGUCGAAACGUGGAAGCGUAAAUAAAAGACUUUAUGCCUUACAGUCUUUUGCAGUGUCCAAUAUUACCUUUCAUUUAUUGAAACAUCAGAUGGGACUUUCUACUGAUAUUUGAGAGAUCAUUUGUCGCGUAAGAUUGGUGCUAUGGACUUAAUAGACAACGCUAGGCAGGAAGAAGAAGUCUAGACUGCUCGUACGGAUUCGUAUGUAUUUGAUCCGGCCGAUAAGUCACUGCUCUGAAAAUGGCUGUAUCUUCACGUUAUAUAUUAAUAGGGCACAAGGCCACAAGUUCUAACAAUUAGCAACAGGGAGAAAAACUCUGCAGUCUUAAUCUUCAAAAAAAGAAAGAAGAUCGGCCGGUGAUUGAGCUCUUUAAGUGCACGUCCAAAUGUUAACUGUUAUUACGUGCUAAUUAUAUCGUCUGUUUUCAGCUAUCUAUACAAUCCGAUAUAUGUGUUUUAUUUUGAUGAAUGAUUAUCUAAUACUGCAUUCUAGUUUCAGUAUGAAUACUUGUCCUGGGCUUCAGAUGCAUUAAACUGACGACCCCGAAAAAGGGCGAAACGUUUCAAAUUAUUAUUUAAAAUACAACGGC